CCCAUCUCCCAGUGUGUUUUGUUUGUUUUGGGUAAACCCAAGUUGGUCUUGUCUUCCAAUGUCGCCUCUGAAACUGUCCUGUUUCUGAUUCCAACUCUUGAACAAACGGCAGAGUCGUCGUCUUCUUGCAUGUGUUGGGCAUUCAUGAUGUGUACAAAAUGCGAUGAUCGUUGCAGUUGCAGAGAUGCUCAACUAUCUUCAGAGGAAAAAAAGAAUGCUGAGGAUUCAAACAACUUAGUUUUUCCAAGAAGCUCUUCCCAGCUGUCAGCAAUUAGUUUAAUGUCUGAAAGUUCUGCACCUGAUCUUGUAUACAAGAGGAGGAAGUUACAAGAAAACUCUGAGACCAUACUUUCAGCAUGUGAUGUGAAAUACCCAAGAACUGGUGAUUGCCUUUCGUGUAUACAUUCUGAUACUCCUUCACUUGCUGGUAAGGACCAAUAUGUUCAUUCUCAAAAAGGGGAACUGUCAGCAACUAGUUUAAUGUCUGAAAGUACUGCACCUAAUCUUGUAUACAAGAGGAGGAAUUUACAAGAAAAUUCUGUCACCAUACUAUCAGCAUGUGAUGUGAAAAACCCGAGAACUGGUGAUUGCCUUUCGUUUAUACAUUCUGAUGCUCCUUCACUUGCUGGUAAGGAUCAAUAUGUUCAUUCUCAAAAAGGGGAACUGUCAGCGAUUAGUAUAAUGUCUGAAAGUACUGCACCUAAUCUUGUAUACAAGAGGAAGAAGUUACGAGACCCGAGAACUGGUGAUUGCCUUUCGUUUAUACAUUCUGAUGCUCCUUCACUUGCUGGUAAGGCAUAUGUUCAUUCUCAAAAAGGGGAUCAGAAUGGACCAUGUUUAUGCAAUAGAGCAUCUGCUGUUAUAAAAUCAAAGUCUUUUCAUGGGUUUUCUGUUGAUGAGGAAUUAAUUUCUAAUGAAGCAACUAAAGCUAGUGUUCCAAAAGGUUUAGAGGUAGACAGUGUAAACGAUAGUUGCUCGUCAUCAAAAUCAAAUAUGGAGAAUGUUUCCACCUCCAAUAAGACUGAAGUAGAUGAAACAGCUGAUUGCUCCUCUUCUAGUGCAAUCGUUAUGGAAGCUGUGGGAGAUCUGUCUGAAAAGGAUCUCUGCAUCUCUAUUCUCAGAACCCAUGGGCUGCUCGGGGAAGUUCGGAUAACUAGGAGCUGUGGUUCUGCUGAUGACAUUAAUACCAGUAGCAGCAAGAGCUGUCGACGGUCAUGCAAAAUUUGUAAUCGUUCAGAAACCGCUCUGAAAAUGCUGAUUUGUGAUAAUUGUGAAGAGGCAUUUCACAUGUCAUGCUGCCAGCCACGAAUAAAGAAGGUACCUAUAGAUGAAUGGUUCUGUCAUUCCUGCUUGAGAGAGAAACAUACAAUUCUAAAAGACAGAGUUACUAGAAAAUUUCCGAAUAUCACUAGUGUCAUGAGUAGGAGUGCGUCAUCUAAGGAUGAGGUGAAUCCCAUACUAUUGAUGCUGAGAGACACUGAGCCAUAUAGAACUAGUGUUCGGGUUGGCAAAGGUUUUCAAGCGGAAGUUGAUGACUGGUCAGGUCCAAUAAACAAUGAUGGCAUUGGUGAACCGUUGGAAUUACAUCCUUCGGAGUAUGCUAGACUGCAUGAGUUGAAUUCCAGCAAACCCUCAAAAAUUAACUCUAUAAGUAACUGGAUCCAAUGCCGAGAAGUUGUUGAUCCUGAAAAUGGAAUAAGAUGUGGAAAGUGGCGCAGGGCUCCUCUUUUUGAAGUCCAAACUAAUGACUGGGAGUGCUUCUGCUCUGUUCUGUGGGAUCCAAGCCAUGCUGAUUGUAAUGUGCCUCAGGAAUUGGAAACAGAUCAAGUUCUAAAGCAACUGAAGUAUGUUGAGACGCUAAGGCCCCGGCUAUCUGCUCAACAGCAUAAUUUGGGUCGCGCCAACAGCACUGGUGAUUUACAAAACUGCAGAAUAGAUACAAAAAGUAUACAAACUCUCUGAUAUGGUGAGAACUCCUCGAGAGCAUUCAAAAUCUGCCUUGUCAUUGUACAUUCAUUUCAUAUAUAUAUAUCAAAUGGAGCUGGCUUUCACCACA